AUGUCUUGGCAGUCGGCAGCUCGGGGGGGCUUCCUCCGCACCCUGCACCGCGGUGCUCUCCCUCCUCGCACCGGCGUGAGCGACUUGCAGAAUCAGCUUAGUCGCGUCUGUUUAGCAGCUAGCUCAGGUCCGGCACGCCCUCAAUUCCAAUCACUGUCUCAAUCGAGUUCGUUCGCGACUGCUUCUACCCCUCAAAAGGCGAGCAAGACACCCAAAGCGAAUGGGUCUAAAAAGGCCGACCACAAACCGAAGAAGAGAGCCCUCAGCGAGGAAGAACAGGAAAAACAGAAGAUAAAGGAACUCCGGGCUCACAUCAAAGAGCUCAAGACGACUGCCCUGCUCAACCGGCCCAAGUUGCUGCCCACUUCUGCCUUCAGUCUUGGUUUUACUGAGAAGCUGCGCGAGAUCAAAGGUCAAUACCCGGCUAAGGAAGGAUUCUUGAUUGGCGUGGAGCAUGCGAAAUCCCUCGAUCCUGAAAACAAGGAGAGACUCGAAGCUCAAGCCAGGGCGAACGUAGCCGCUAACGCCGCUGCCUACGACGCGUGGGUCAAGACGCACACACCUCUCCAGAUCAGGGAUGCCAACAGUGCCCGCCUAACCCUUUCACGUAUUGGCACCAAGAACUAUCCUUCCAUCAGAGAUGACCGCUUGCCCAAAAUACCCAACUCUGCCUACGUUCUAUUCGUGAAGGACCGCCUCGAUACCCAUGUUUACCGGGGAAAGUCUGGCAGAGACACCUUCACAGCCAUUUCCGAAGAAUGGCCUAGCCUACCUCAAUCGGAGAAAGAUCGCUACCACAGAUUGCAAAUCGAAGAUCGUCAACGGUAUGAGAGGGAGUAUGAGAAAGUGUACGGAGUCCCAGCACCCAAGAGCGCUCGGUAUAAAACACCGGAAGACUACAAUUGA